AAUAUUGUAAGAUGAUUACAAUUAUUUCUACGAGAUAGCGCUAGUGUAGUCGAAACAGUUUCGGUUCAUGUGAAAGUAUUGAGUGUGUCAGACAGUGGUGCAUGUUAUGAGAAAUAUACUUAUUUAAUGAAGAUUUCAAGAAUUAAGGAUAGCUUGAAUGAAUAAAAUGUCUGAUGUACGAGAUAUAUUGGAUAUUGAAGUUCCAACUACUACGGAACUUACGAAAGAAUCUAUUUUGGGAAGUGAUAAAAAGAAUAAAAAGAAAUAUGAAUAUAAGGUACCAAAACGUCCAGAGGGUAUGCACAGAGAGGUCUUUGCUUUAUUGUGCAAGGAUAACAAUGAUGUCCCACCAUUAUUUCCAACCGAUACAGCUAAAGGAUAUAAACAAGUUAGAGCUAAAUUAGGUAUGAAAAAAGUAAGACCAUGGAAGUGGACUCCAUUUACUAAUCCUGCUAGAACUGACGGUGCUGUUUUUCACCAUUGGAGAAGAGUCGCCGAUGCAGGAAAAGAAUAUCCUUUCGCUAAAUUCAAUAAGAAAGUUCCCAUACCGACUUACACGAAUGCUGAAUAUGUUCAACAUUUAGUUACUAAUGGUUGGACUCGUGCAGAGACCGAUCAUUUGUUUGAUCUUUGUAGAAGAUUUGAUCUUAGAUUCAUUAUAAUAAAAGACCGAUGGGAUAAAAACAAAUUUCCUAUUAGAAGUGUAGAAGAAUUGAAAGAAAGAUAUUAUCAGGUUGGCGCAGCUUUGAUUAAAGCAAAAUCUCAUACGGAGAAAGUUUACACUUUUGAUGCAGAACACGAGAAACGAAGGAAAGAUCAGUUAAAGAAGUUGUUCGCUCGGACGCCGGAACAAGUGGAAGAAGAACAAACUUUGUUAGCUGAAUUGCGUAAAAUAGAACAAAGAAAGAAAGAAAGGGAUAGGAAAACACAAGAUUUGCAAAAAUUAAUAACUGCGGCAGACCAUCAAGCAGAUCCAAGGAAAAGCGAAAGAAAACCUUCCAAGAAAAAUAGUAAUUCUUCUAGAAACAGACCGAAUAAAAUUGAUGCUUCUCAUGCUGUAGAGUCUGCCGGUAUCAAGUUUCCUGAUUUCAAAAACAGCGGAGUUUCAUUGAGAUCGCAAAGAAUCAAAUUGCCAAGUAGUCUUGGACAAAAGAAAAUGAAAGGCAUUGAACAAAUGUUAAAUGAAUUAAAUAUAGAACUAAAUCCUCCACCUACGGAACAAAUAUGUCUGCACUUUAAUGAAUUAAGAAGUGAUAUAGUGCUUCAUUAUGAACUACGAAGUGCUUUGUCUACCUGUAAUUAUGAACUGCAAUCAUUAAGGCAUCAAUACGAAGCUCUUGCACCAGGAAAAACUUUGACAAUACCUCCAGCUCUUUUACCAAAAACAGAGCCCGAAGUAAAAGCAGACAUAAUAGAUGUUGUCGGAUCACCAAGUAUGCCAAAUGUAAAUCAUUAAGUAUUAAUAAACUACUUAUUGUAAAUAUUAUAUAAUCUAAACUGAUAAUUUGUAUAUACUUAACAAGUGAAUAAUCCAUCGGCUUCUGAAAUAUUUCUUCUAUGCUGUAAGGUUUCUACUUUCCGUGAAAUGGACAAAAACGAAUGAAAAAUAAAUAAAUUAAAAUUCUUCUAAUUGUAAGAGAUAUGAACAUUAUUGUCUUUCAUUGAAAAAUAACAUUAAUAAAAUAUACGCCAAAUUAGAUUUAAUAAACAAUCCAUACGAACGACAAAAAGGGAAAGAAGUAUACGAGGCACGUGGUUACUUAUAUAUCUGUGUAUUUUAUAUUGUCGACAAAAAGUAACAAUGUACGGUGAAACCGUAUAAUUUAUCUACAACAAUCUACAAUAGAUUACAAUAUGUUGUCUUGUCGGAGGAUGGCGGAGAAGGACGAAUACAAGAACUGGAUUUGGUUGGAGGUUUUUGCUUAUAUAAUCUGUUUUUUUUUUUCUUUUUUUUCUUUUCUCAUCUUAUCUUCUUCGAAUAAGGAUUACAGGAGGGGGAAAAAAGGUAUCGAAGGAAAAUGCGUGUAUAUGCUGAGGUGUUUUGGUAGUGGUGGUGUUGGUGGGUGGGUAAGAGGUUUAAGGGUGGAAUCAGGGUUAGGGGUAGAGAUGGUCGAUACAGGCCUUUCUUCGUUUCGUGCUCCGUUAUUCGCAAUACAAUUGAUUUUAAUUCUAUA